AUGAUUCAGGUCGACCCAGUUGGAUAUCCGUCAAACGUGAAAGAUGAGUCCAGCGCAGAUGAAGAUAUGAAGGAGAAUGGUUGUACGGAUAACGAGCACACAAUCGCGAAACCGUCGGCGCAAUUGUUAGCGAAGAUGUCGGAGGAAUUUGCCGAAAAGGCGGCAGCGGCGGCCCGGCUCAGCGAUCAUCAUCUUCAUCAUCCGCAUUAUCAGGCGGGCGCGGCGACGACGGGCCGCCAUCAGCAGGCGCAUGAUCGGCCCGAUGGCAUCGCACCGAGCGAGGACAAUUUAAGCGAGGAUGACAACAAUGAGGAUGAGGAGCUGGCGGACGGGCGCAGUUCGGGUGCGGCGACGGCAGCGGAUCGAGCGGCUGUGAACGAUCGGGCCAGUGAGGGUGAGGAGGGUGGCAGUGGGGAGGACAAGAAGGGCCACGGUGAGUGCGGUACCGGUCGGAGCAGUCCCCGGUCGCCCGUGUCGCUGGUGGGGCGUGUGAGCGUGAGCGAAGGGCUCGGUUCGAUGCUGGCCGGGGUGGACCAUCGGGACGAACCUUCGAAUCUGGCGGCGGCCGCAGCGGCAGCCGCCUUAGGUGGUCCGGCGGCGGCCGCCGCCCUGGCAGCAGCGGCCGCAGCAGCCGCAGCCGCUUCGGCCGCCAAAAACACCAACCCGGCCGCCGUUGGUGGCGGUACCCUGCCCGCGGGCGACUUCAAUCCGGCGGCAGCGUUCGGAUUCCCGGCAGCACCACCCGCCCCCGGCAUGUCCAUACAGGCGUUCCAGAAUGCGAUCGCGCAGUUCACGGCGAACGCGCUCGCCAACAACAUGGACAACGAUACGGUGGUGAAAAACCUGGCCAUCCUUCAAUCCGCCCUGUUCACGCUGCAGCAGCAACAGUUUCUCCAGUUCCAGCUGAUACAGCACCUCCAAUCGCAGCUGGUGAAGAAGCACACGGAAAAGGAGGACAUGCCACUGCUCGGCGGUGGUGCGGGAUUGGCCGGGCUCGGCAGUAGUGCGGGGACCGGUGUAGAUAGCGCAACGAUCGGUUUCCUCAACAACAACAAUAACAAUCACAGCCAGCACAAUCACAACAAGGGCAGCGUGCAGCAUCACACCAACAGCAACAAUGGCAGCAGUCGGCAGCAUCAUCCCCAUCAUCAUCAGCAGCAGCAGCAGCAGCAACAUCAGCAACAGCAUCUGCAGCAGAAUGUCAAAAAUGAGCCUCAGGAUUUGCGGAAAUCGUCCCACGGUUCGGUCGACGCGGACGAGGAGGAGGAGGUGGAGGAGGAAGGGAUUGAGGACGCGUUCAGCAAGAGCUACCAGAUGGCGAACAUGAUGGCGGCGGCGGCGGCAGCGGCCAAAUCGCACGUACCACCGCACGUCAGUGAGCUGCUGCGGCCCUCGAUCCAUCCCGUGCCGGAAGAGGAGCUAAGGAAACCGAAGGCGUCCGACACGGGCAGCAGUAUGUUCGGGCUGAGUGUCUCCGACAAGCGGACCGCAAACGAACAGUCGUCCGCUGGACAGUCGAGUGCAUCGUCGUUGGGCACUUCCGGCUCCUCAGCUCCCACGACUCAAUCGCUCGUGUCAUCGAGCGCCUCGAACGCAACCGGCCGUUCGGAGAAGGACGAAAUCCUGCCGUACCAUCAAGAUCACGGCGGAUCGACGGGGAGCUUUUCGUCGCUGGCGGCCAACAUUAUCACCGACCACGCACCGUCGAUGCUUGGCGAACCGAACUCGCUGGCAAUGCUGGAGAAGAAAGCCCAAGAGGUGUUGAACUCGGCCUCCCAAGGUAUCCUCUCCAACAAUCUGCUCGAUGAGCUGGCAUUCGCCAACGACAAAUCGUCCCCGAAUGGGCGCAACGAUGCGGCACUGUUCAAGCACCGGUGUCGGUACUGUGGCAAAAUCUUCGGCUCCGACUCCUCGCUGCAGAUCCACAUCCGGUCGCACACGGGCGAGCGACCGUACAAGUGCAAUGUGUGCGGAAGCCGGUUUACCACGAAGGGUAACCUGAAGGUGCACUUCCAGCGCCACUCGGACAAGUACCCGCACAUCCCGAUGAACCCGAACCCGGUGCCGGAGCAUCUGGACAAGUACUUCCCGCCGCUCAUCCCGCAGGAAGCACUGAAGGAGCAGCAGCAGCAGCAGCAACAGCAGCAGCAGCAACAGCAACAGACGGGCCAGUCACCCUCGCAGCCUUCGUCCAUGCCUACCGGCGGGCCUGGUGGCCCCGGUGGUCCCAAUGGGCCCGCCGGGUUCCCCGGUGUCGGAGAGGGUCGCGCUCCACCAGGAUUCCCACCGCGCAGUUUCUUCCCGGACUUUUACAUCCCGCGUCCUCCCCAUCCACAGCUGCAGGAUCUGUUCGGGGCGGCAGCGGCGGCCGCGGCUGCGAAUGAUGCCGCCGCACGCAAUCCGGUCGAUCUGUCGCAGAUGAAGAAACCGGUCGAUCCGGUUCCGACGCCGGCCCGCGAUGCGACACCGGAAAUGCGCAACAUGCACUCGCCGGAGCUGUCGAACGAUGCGCCAACGCCGGGCGGGGCCAAGAUUAAGCAGGAACCGAUGGACGAAUCGUUGGAUCUGUCGGACAAGUCGACGAAGGUGGCGGGAGGUUCGGGUCGCUCUACCAGCACACCGAUCCAGCAUCAUCGGGAUAUGGACGAGAGUAAGGAUGGCUCCAAGGAGGAUGCCCAGAUGAUGGACCACUCGGAUCACCUCAAGGACGACAAUGGGCCUUUGGGUGGCGGGGCGCUCAGUGCUCUGAACAGCUCCACCAGUGAGAAGGAAUUCCCGCUAAAGCUGAAGAACAAUUCGAUCGAAAAUCUGGCCACGGUACCGUCGGUGUCGCCACCGUCGAGCUCGUCUUCGGGAUCGCUCUACCAGGACACGGUGCUGGAUCCAUCCUUCUAUGCGGCGCAUCUUCCACGUCCGGAUAGCAACGACAGCUCGUGGGAGAACUUCAUCGAGAUCUCGUCCGAAACGUCCAAACUGCAGGAGCUGGUGGACAACAUCGAGAACAAGACGUCCGAACCGAACCAGUGUCUCGUGUGCAAGAAGGUCCUGUCGUGUCGCAGCGCCCUCCAGAUGCACUACCGGGUGCACACGGGUGAGCGACCGUUCCGGUGCAAAAUCUGUGGCCGGUCCUUUACCACCAAGGGCAACCUGAAGACGCACAUGAGCGUGCACCGGAUAAAGCCACCGAUGCGUACCCUGCACCAGUGUCCGGUGUGCCAUCAGAAGUUCUCCAACAUCUUCGUGCUGCAGCAGCACAUACGGUUGCACACGGGCGAGAUGACGGAUCUUACGCCGGAUCAGAUAAAGGCGGCUGAGAUUAAGGACUACGAAGGGGGUGUGCCACCGCCGCCACACCCGGACGCGCUGCGAUUGAACCCGUUCGGGAUGCGGCUUGCCAGUGAGUUCCACCAGCAGCAGCAACAUCUCGCCCAGCAGCAGCAGCAUCAGCAGCAGCAACAGUUGCACCAUCAGCAGCAACAGCAGCAGCAACAGAACAAGCGAUCGCUCGAACACUCGGAUGAGGAGAACGAUCAUGAGAAUGGACCGCGACCCUCGUCGGUCGAUCGUGGUGUGACCCCGAUCGGCAAGAUGCCCAAGGUACCGAUCCACGAAAAGCUGAAGGUCAAGACGGGCCUAACGUCGCCGGCGAUCGAGAGCCAGGUGGAGGACCUCCGUACGAUGAACCUCCAGCGGCUCUCGAUGCGAUCGCUUCCGCCCGCGGACGAUUCGUUCUCGCGGGACUCUUCGUCCGCCAGUCCCACCAUCGCCCUAUCCGCCGGUUCCGAGGCGAAGCGUCUCCGCUCGUCCAGCCCCUCGAACACGUCCUCCUCGACGGUACAUUCGCGCCGCUCACCGAUCUCAACCCCACCGACGGUGGGCGGUGCGGAGCAGGCGAGUGCGGCGGGACGAGCCGCGGCUGCGGCUGCCGCUGCGGUCGCCUUCCCGUACGGGCCCCCGUUUCUCGGUAUGCCCCAGUUCCCGCCAUUCAUCAAUCGGCCGCCCUUCCUGGGCAAUGUUCCGAUCGUGCCACCCGGUUCCAGCAUGCCACCGUUCGGACUGUUCGGCGUUCGUGGAAACACAACAACUUGUAAUAUUUGCUUUAAAACUUUCGCCUGUAAUUCCGCACUCGAAAUUCAUUACCGAAGCCAUACGAAGGAGCGCCCAUUCAAAUGUACAAUCUGCGAUCGAGGAUUCUCUACCAAGGGAAAUAUGAAGCAGCACAUGCUCACACACAAAAUCCGUGAUAUGUUCGGCAGCUCGGGUGGCAAUUCCGGGGAUGAGUCACGCACGCAAACACCACCCCAGGAUAACCAUUCGCAGUCGUCCAAUGGUUCGGAAUCGCACCACCAGUCGUCACACCAGCAGCAACAGCAAGAUGGCGGUGCGCAGGACUUUUCAUCGUCCGGCAGUGGACGACACCGUUACGGCGGUGGCAGCCGUGAACGCUCCAGAUCCGCCGGCAGCUACGACGACGGGCCGUCGUCGAAACCGUUGAUGGAAAUGGGCGACGGUGGUCCACCGCCUGGAUCGGCCAUGGUGUCGGACGAGAAUGGAUCGAGCAGCAUGGCGUCAAUGGUAUCGGAUCGGGGCAGUUCGCCGACACCGUUGAUGGCGGGCAGUGCGGCCGCGGUAGCAGCCGCUGCUGCCGCUGCUGCAGCCGCCGCCGCCGCCUCCAACAACAACUACAACGAGUACGGCAUGGGGAAGGAGGUGGUCGACCUGAAGAACUGGUGCCGGAAGCUGAAGGAAAUGCCGGAAAACAUUGCCGCGAGUUGAUAAUGUACGCGCGACAGUACGCUGGUAGGUGGUGGGCUGGGUACUUCCGGGUCUGGCGAAGGUUAAAUAACACGCCCGGAACAGCAACAAUCGAAUUUCUCUACCAAAGCUGAAAGCUGACACGAGACGAUGCGAGCAGAUGGGCAACUGUUGGGAUUUGGGAAACAAAACAGAACAGAACAAAACAGAACAGAAAAAAAUAAUCAAAACACACAGACACACGUAUAAAGGAGGUGUAUUAUGGCGCGAAUUUGUGGAAGGACACACUUCGACAAGGAUCGCUGCGUUACAUAUCAAAGAACUCACGUUCCGUUUCGUUUACCAUUACUUAUCGCACUGCUCCUACUAAACACACGGAGAGAUGCAGUGACCUUUGUGUUUUGAGUUUUUGUAAAUAGCCAAAUUGAACGUUACUCCACGGCACCUAUCUCACACAUAUAUUGGCGGAGUUGUGGUGGUUGGAUGGUUUUCAUGUUGUGCGCAUAAAAAAAAAACAACUGUCGCAACACAGUAUCGAAUCGAAGAAGCAAAACAACAAAAGUAAGUAAACACAAUGUUAUGAAAAAAAAAGAAAAACAAGUGAGUAAUGUGUUAGAUAAAAUCAUGCAAAACAGGUAGGAGUAAUGAGAGCAAACAAAAGAAAACGAAAGAAAACAAAAGAAGUAAAGAAAAAAAACAUAGAAAAAAAACAACAAAAAUAUACAACAACCCCCUCCCAAUCUAAAUCGCUGUAUGUGGGUGUGUGUGUGUGCGUGUCAGUGUGUAAGUGUAUGUAAAUGUACAAUGUAUCGUAGAAGUUUGUGCAAAACGCGCAAAUUUGUAGUUCAAAAACGCAAACGCUCGAUUUGAUGAGUGACGGAAAUGUGCAACACAAGUUAGUAAUGGGAAUGUGGAGGGCAGUGGAAAAAGUUCACUCUGUGUGUAUGUGUGUGAAUGUGAAAGUGUCAGUGGGGUGGAGUGGGAAAGAAAGAGAGAAAGAGAUAGCAAGAGAGAGCAAGCGUUUUGUUUAAGUGUGCACACACACAAAAACGCAUAUUAUCAAAGACAAGAAGAAAAACCCUUAUAUGUAGCAUUAAGUUUUAGGUGUGUAUAGCUGCGACAGCAAAACUAUGAAGAGAGUAGACAAAACAGAAAAAGGGAAAAAAUAGAAAGAAAAAAAAAACAAACAAGACAGGAAAAAAAGAAAACCAAACAAUCGGAAUGUUUCGCAAGAAGCAAAACAGAAAACAA